UAUUUAUUCCAGGCAAUCACACCGGUGCUAGGACACGUCGCUCCACUGACGCCACGAACGUAAAACUAACGACAUUCGACAUGUCCCUCGUGGCCGUUGGUUGCAUCAUUUGGGACGAGGUUAAUUUGAAGUGGAGCGGAAAAGAAUGUUAUAGCGAUUACUUCAUCGAAAUGGGUGACCUUGAAUGCAAAUGUAAAGCCAUGAAGAAGAUGACGUUUUCCAACUCCUUCCACGUGCCUCCUAACAGGAUCGACUUCAGUUCAGUGUUCUUGAAGUUCUCUCCCCUUAACCAGGCCGCCGUCAUGGCAACGCUCAUCCUGAUCCUGAUCAUUUACGCGCUUGCCAUCAUCUGGGCCCGGCGCCAGGACAGACUGGAUGUGCUGAAGUGGGGCGUGACGCCGUUAGCUGACAACUUUUUUUCGGACAACUACUUUUACGUCAUCAAGGUUAUCACCGGGAUCCGCCCAGGGGCCGGCACGAGAUCUCGCGUGGGUUUCGUUAUCGCCGGCGAGGAUAUGGACACAGGAGUCCGGGAGCUGUCCGAUGGCGUCAGAAAGGAAUUUGCGAGUGGCAGCGUUUUGAACUUCCUGUUGUCGACGACGAUGUGCCUGGGAGACCUGGAGUACAUCCGGAUCUGGCACGACAACUCGGGCGGCGGCAAGCACUCCGGCUGGUAUCUGAGUCGCAUAGAGGUGCAGGACGUGCAGAGAAACGAAACAUUCAUAUUCCAGGCGGAGCGCUGGAUGGCGCUCGAGAAAGACGACGGCUUGCUACACUGCGUACUUCCGGUGUGUAAAACGGAGAACAUUAACCAGUUCAACCAACGCUUUAUCAGGAACGCCAAGGAGACGCUUGCCGAGAGUCACAUGUGGGUAUCUAUCGCAUACCGGCCGCAGACCAGCAACUUCACGCGCUCUCAGCGGGUUUCCUGCGCCCUGGCAUUCAUCAUGCUCAGUAUGAUUGCCAACGCCAUGUUCUUCGGGGCAGAGGGCAAGGACGGAGACAUAGAGGAUGGCGCGGACAUCCAAAUUGGGCCUUUCCGAUUUUCGUUGAAACAGGUAUACACCUCUUUCAUCUCGGCGCUGAUUGUGACACCGCCCACUAUCCUCCUCAUCCUCAUCUUCAAACUCUCCACGCCUUGCUCGAAAAACAGCACCAGCGCAGAGUUCAGCUGGAAAAGUGUCUUGUCCAGAAAGGAUACUCUUCAACGCAGGUUGGGCCUGAAGCUGCCGUACCAGUGCACGUACCUCGCCUGGUUCCUGGUUUUCCUCAUAUGGUUCCUAUGCGCUUUCUUCAUCAUGCUCUACAGCAUGGAAUGGGGCAAGAAGAAGUCAGAAGAGUGGCUCACCAGCUUCUUCCUCUCCUGCUUUGAGUCCAUAUUCUGUCUUGACCCCGUCAAGGUGGUGUUGAUGACUUUGGUGUUCACGAUCGUAUUCCGUUCGAACUCCGACUCCAAGGCGAUCAUCGACAGAAGCACCAUCAUGAAGAAGUACUCGAACAGUCUCAGGGGACGGUCUGGCGGUAUGCGGCUCGCAGCGCCCCCUCUGGACAAGGGGCAUCUGAAGAAAGCCAAGCGUCUGCGGCAGAAGGAGCUGCAAAUGAACAGGACGAUCCGGGACACCAUAAUAAACCUCCUCAUGUGCUGGAUAAUCUUCAGUAUCGCCUACAGUAACCGUGACGGACGCUCCUACCUUAUUUACAAGGAAACUAUGGAUGCAUUCAUUGCACCUCCCAAUAAAAAUAACCCACCACCUCAUCAAACUGAACAUGAGUUACCGAAAUUUACCGAGCAACAGGAUUACUUUGAAUGGCUCAACAAGACGGUGCUGCCCCGGAUGUUCCCGUUAGUGGAUAUCAAUAACGAGACGCUCCACUGGCGCUUACAGCAGUUCAUUGAAGGAGGGACUAAGUACAGGGUCGGUCCACCUCGACUGCGACAACUCAGAAUUAAAUCAGAUCGCUGUAAAAACGAGUACAUGAAUGAAACAAAAUGUUAUAAGAACUAUAACGAGCCGGACGAGGAAACAGGUGCCUUCUGCAUCGGUUGGAAGGCUGGGCCGUGCGACGACAAGGAGAGUAUCUACGAUUUCUCAUCCGCUGCCUGGAAUUUCACGUUGGCGUUCGAUAUCUGGGGAAUACCUAUCGCAGGGAGGUACAAUUUAUAUGGUGGAGGAGGAUACAUCGCAAAGUUGGACGUCAAUAUGCUAGUAAGUCAGAAAAUUGUGAACGAGCUUUACCUGAAUUCCUGGAUUGACCGUCACACAAGAGCAGUUGCCCUAGAAUUUACCCUUUACUGCUUACAAGCCAACAUCUUUACGUACAACAUGUUCUUGGUAGAAUUCCCGGAAACAGGCGGCGCGUUCGUCUACUAUGGGAUACAUCCCAUGAAUGUGUACCAGCACGUCGGUCCCAUGGGCUGCGAGCUGAUAUACAUUGUGUACAUGGUGGGGUUCACGGUUAUGAUCAUCGUCAUGAUUGUGCAACAAAAGAAAGCGUUUUUUAGCGACGCUUGGCAGGUUUAUGAUCUUGUUUUUGUCAUCCUAGGAUACGUAGCCAUUGCAAUGUAUUUAGUUCGACAAGUGAUGACCAGUCAAACCAUGUCCGUAUUCAAAGAGGACAAGAAGGCGUUUAUCAACUUCUAUCACAUCGCUCUAUGGAACGAAAUGCUCGUGCUCCUGCUGGGAAUCCUCUGCUUUAUGGCAACUUUUCGACUCCUCAACGUGCUCGGUUACAACAAGCGCAUCGGCACAGUGGUACGGGUCUUCAGGAAGGCCGCCUCGCAGCUGAUCUGGUUCGGUCUGUUCUUUACCGCCUGCUUCACCAUUUAUUGCAUCCUCGGCUGGUUGCUGUUUGGUGCCCAUCUCGAGUACUACAAGGACAUCUACUCCUCCCUGCAAACCAUGUUUCUCAGCAUGAUCGGCAAGAACAGGUUCACGGAGAUGGAUAACACGAGCCCCUACAUGGCUAAGAUCUACUUCCUGAUAUUCAUAGGCGUCGUGGUCUACCUCGUCCUUACGAUGUUCCUGGCGCUGCUCAGCGAGGCAAUCGAUGAUGUACACGAUGAAGCCAAGAAGGACACGGGCGAUGAAAUGGUUGACUUUGUAUUGAAGAAAUUGAAAAGACUCAUAUUCAAUUUGGUCGGCAGAUCCGUUAAACGAUUAGUGAUAAAAGAUGAGUCAAAGCAUCCAGCUCCGCGGAGUAACAACGCACGGUUCGAAAACAUUAAUAUUGACGCCUUAGAGGAGAUCCGGAACGCGCUGCAGUGCGCCCUCAUAUCCGACCCUCGCGAUUUUUCGACGCCGGUUGCCGACAAACGAGCGAAGGUCAGGUUUCGUGAAUGAACACAACAUCGGCAUUUUGACCGCCAGUGUUAGUAACGUUUUGUUGCGGAAUGCUAUUUUUAAAAAUCACACUGUUUUGCAGUCUGAGAAACUAUCGAAAAGCACACUUGACGAUGUAAUAAAUUUUGUAUCUACGCUGUUGUGUAACCAAUAUUCUAUAAUACGAGUAAUAUCGGUUUAUUUAAUAUUAUUUAUGAUUCAAUGUAAUAUCGGCAUGCAGGACACGUUAAUCACCAGGUGUGAUUCUAAAUAAUAUAUAUUAGCCGUGCUCUGUGAAAAAAUGGUUUAAUGCAUGUGCCUAAAGUGUCGUCCUAGAUUAGCCUGUGCAGUCCACACAAGUUGAUUAGGGACGACACUUUCCGCAAAAACUUGAUUUGUGCUAAGAAGAGACUUUCUUGAAACGAAAUAUAUCAUAAAAGCGGAAAGUGUCGACCUUGAUUAGCCUUUGCGGACUGCACGGGCUAAUCUUGAACGACAUUUUACGCACAUGCAUUAAACCCCAUUUUCACAGAGUACGGCCCAUAUAUAUAUAUAUACAUGUAUACCGAUCUUUAUUUUGCUAAUCGUUUUUCUUCUUUUUGUUGACGUAGUUUUAGAUAACGUUUACACCAAUUUUGAUUUAAGUUCCUGACGUUGUAAUUUCUCAAAAAACGAUGCUUUCUUUGAUAAAGCUGAUUCUUAUUGUUGUCUUUUUCUACUACUAUUGAUCACUAAUUAGGACACAAUAAAAAGUUGUAUUCAUUCAUUUUUGUAUUUGUAAGAAACUUCAAAAUAAGUGAUUGUCUUUACAUUCAAUAUAGUAUAUUUAUUUUAUAUUAAAAGGUCUUCGCAUGUUUAAUUAAGUUUGUAAAUGUAAUGAGAUGAAACAACAUAUAUUUAGGUAAUACAAGUUCUCGUCAAAACAAAAAAACAGUAAGCUAACUUUUGUAUGUAUAUACCAAAGCAAACUAUUCACUACUGUAAGCAACUGUUACUUCGAUACAAUGUUUCAUUUUACACGUAUAAGGUAGUUAUUCUGUAUAUUGCAAUGUCAACGAGCAUAUGCUUCUUGUAUGACAUCGGCUUGGUAUUCAGUCUGAAUUUAAAAUCAAGUUUUCAUAUUGUAAUAAAUGCAUUUUGUUAGUUUUGGCGUAGCUGUCUAAGCUAGGCUUUGACCUUAAUUUGUUGCAAUAAUUACAUACGACGGAAACAUUGACUGCCAAAAGAAUUGCGAUAAUUUUUAUGUUUUCGGCAAUGCAAACUUACAGAAAUGGUGUUAUGUGUACCAAUAACUGUUGAACAUAAAAUUUACAUAAGCAAUUUUAAAAACAUGUAAAAGCAAAUUAUAGACAUAUAUUCAUGAUGUAAAAACAUUUGCGAACGAUUUUAAUGAUCGCAUGUAAUUAUCAGCAGAAAAUAUUUAUUCUCAGAAACCAAAACACUUUUAUACAAAAACAAUACACAGUCAACGUCGUUUCAAUUUUGCAAUCAACAUUAUUUGAACAAACUUAGUACAUGACACUAUACAAUGUCGAACACCAACUAUUUAAUCGUAACGCUUUCAGUUUAAGAGAAUAUGAUGUUUUAAUUGAUUUUCUUUGUCAUUUUACUGAAGUCAGUAUGAGCGCAUGGGAAAAGAUAUGUCUAAAAAGAUAAUGGGACAUUUGAUUCAACAAACGGUAUCGCAUUUUGUAACUGACUUUCCGAACCGCAAAUCUAGCUGGCGAGUUAAGAACCUCGAACAAAGAAAGCGCGCGUCUGUACGCAUUGACCUAGUGAUUUAAUUUACUUUAAAUGUGGUCGCGUUGAACGAUUUAUUAGACAUAUUUUUAAGGGCACCUUUAUAUUAGUUUUGUUUAGUAAAAGUGUUGUGUCUCGUGCUUUUAAGCUGUUUUGCGCCUUUUGGCAAUUGGUUCCUUACAACGUGCUACAAUAAGGGUUCUCUUCUGCGGGUGAAGCCGAAGUUUCACUUUUUAAUACACUUUUUAUUCGUCGACAUGUAAUCAGGUUAUUAAAUGAACAGUUUUCAAUACGAAAGAAACAUAUAAGAUAUUGUUAAAAAAAACUAGACCUUACUCCAUGUGUCUGGUUUGCAAUAAUUUCCAUUUGCGCUUGCUAUUAAUUUCUAACAAUAUUAAUUUGACACUUCAUGAUUUAUUUUUUAGAAUUGCAGUAUUUAGGUUAUUUUCAAUAACUGUAAUAUUGAGUGUUAUUUGAUCGCGUUAUUCACGGUAAAAGUAUUAAUUAUGAAUAAUGAUUUGUCCGAAUAAUAUAUUGGCCGAGAAGUCUCGUGAAUAGGUAGGGAGCGAAAAUCAUGAAUCCCAGAAAAACGUAACUUAUCAUCUCUGUCAAGCUGUAUAUAUUUUUUGUGUUCAAAAAUCGAAAAAAGGCCGAAUAUCUUUCUUUAUGACAAAUCAUGUUUAUGUUUAAUUUUUAGACACAUUUCUGUUAUUGUGUAUGUUUUAUGCAAAUUGUUAUUGUUAAUAUUUUUAGCUAGUUAAUCUCGAUAGUUGUGUGUUACUGAAUACCUCUUUCAAUAUCUUGAGCUUAAUAAACUUUCCUAUAUAAA